UUUUCUGACCCGGGUGCCUCCUGCCUCUGCAGCUCGGUAUUACCAUUACGCUGUAGCUCGUACACUCCGCCCCAGCGGACACAGACGAAGGAUAUAUCUAGUGACUACAUACACACACACCAGUUUGAAGCGGUGUGUCGUUCUUUUCGUCGUCCGUUCCGGUUGAUGCUGUUAACGAACAGCAUUUUGACAAAUGACAUUCUAAAACCCCUGUGCUAAGACCCUAACGGCUGGAUGAGUGGGCCAUUCGCUUCCCCCUCUGCACAGGUGGCUGAGAUGAACCGCAUCCAUUAUGAGUUGGAGUACACAGAGGACAUCAGCCAGCGCAUGCGGAUCCCAGAGACCCUCAAGGUGGCCUCAGGGAACCAGACGGCACUUCAGCAGCCCCUGGCCAUUCACACAACUCUGAUGCAGGUGCCAGAGAGGAUCAUCAUAGCAGGUGAUGAUGGGGACACUCCAUUUUCUCAUACCCGAGACUUGGACCUGAUUCAGUCGGUGCCUCCCAUGGACCUCUUGAACAUGAAGGCCCCACCGCAUAGCCUCACUCUUACAGAGCAGCCACUAGACUCCCUUGAAACCGAACAAACUGCCACGUCCCAGAGCAAUCCCAGCCAUGUGGCCCAAUUUCAUACUCGAUCUCGAAGGGAACGCAGUGCGAGUGAGAACACAUUUGGCCGCCACGGCAGUCCGAUUGUCAGAGGUGAGAUGAGUGUAACCCCUUCCCCUUCUGCCCCCCCAGUCCGGUUGUGUCCCCCCCUCUGUUCUCCUGAGGAUGUGAACAUGAACUUGUUUACAGCUGCGGGGUUCCUGUCUUAUGUCCAGUCAACAACACGCCGGGCAUACCAGCAGGUUAUCGAGGUGCUGGAUGACAACCAUCGCAGGACACACCUGGACCUGGCUCUGGAUAUAAACCCUGAUGAUUCGGGCUUAGUGGAUGCCUCCUCACUACGGCGACAGAUUGUGAAGUUGAACCGGCGUCUGCAACUGCUGGAGGAAGAAAACAAAGAACGCUCCAAGCGUGAGGUGAUCCUGUAUUCUGCUACAGUGGCAUUCUGGCUUAUUAACACCUGGAUCUGGUUCCGUCGCUAAGAUUGGACAUGAAUGAGUCUCUCAAAACACUGGAAGCCGAAGCAAUUCCUUGUUAAAGUUGCAUCCAUUUAAAUACAAUAUCAGUGUUUACUACAUCUAAAGGCAACCACAAGAAACUACAACAACCUUGGUGAAUGUCCUUCACCACAAUCCUUAGUGUUUCUAUCGUAAAUUCUAAAUUGUGAUUUCACUGCCAAAUUUUAAACUUAGUGCUGUCAAGUUAAGACCUAAGGGCCUGCGUCCAUAUAGGAUGUUUCUUUGGCAGAAAAGUGCCCCCACAAAUGCCCUUUUCUGUCUUUGAACUUUUCAGAAAAAGCACUAGUGUUGUCAGAGUGUCAACUAGAAGCCGUAAUAAAAAAAGGAAAAGGGCGUAGCGCUCUGCCAAAAGAUGCUGGGUGCAGCGCUGCUUCUCUAGCUGGUAGCAUGCAGUCACAUAUGCUCUCUUUUCAUAGGGCAAAAGACGCUAAGUGGACACAGGCCCUUAGGUCUUGGAGGUAAAGCUAAAGUUAGCAUAUCUUACAUUCAAAGAUUCAUCUGUGUAUUUAAAACGUUCAUAAACCGGCAAAUGACAAAGCACAAUAACACUAAAGCUGGAUGUUUGCGAACAUGUUAGCACCCGCUUUGUUGCAAUGAGCUGAUGUAGCAUCAACAACAAACACUAGUUACCUUAUUUGGCUUAAAGUAGCUAUAAAAUGGGUUUCUAUGAAAAAUAUAAUUUCAACUCAAACAGUGUUGAUGUUUGAGUCUAAAGCUUUCUCCACCUCUUAAAUACUGCACUGAUGUUCACUUCUGUGGCAGAUAAUGUAGAAUAUGUGGACCAGUGUAAAGUAGCAAAGGAGUGCACGGUAUAGUUAGACUGGCCAAGCCUCUCUCAUAUAUUAUGGUCCUUUUGUGCAAUUAUUACGGAUUUUACCGUUUUUAAAGCUUGAUAAAUCCUUUGCAAAGCAACAAGACAUGUUACAGUGAUACUUACCAUCAUGUAUCUUUGUGAAAGUUAACAUUUAACAGAAAUAGUUUUUGUAGCUUCAGGAGAAUAAUGAUUAGAGGGGAAUCAGUGAUUUACUUAAGCAACAAAUGUUUUGGGAACCAAGCCAAGUUUGACAUCACGGUUCAUCAGUUUU